AGACUCAAACCAAAACAUUCCAAGGAAGUACCCGAGCAAUCGAACUUUUGCCUUCGCGAGGCUUCGACACCAUGUCCGCGACUAAUCUGCUGGGAGAAAAGACAUCCAGUGCUUCAGAAAACAUUUCGUUCCGUGGUAAUGCCAACGAGGAGACGGUAUGGAUGGAUCGCCUGGAAGAUUGCAAUCGCAGGAUACGGAAGUUAAAGGCAACUCUGAAUCUCGCUCUGGCUGUUCAAGCGAAGAAAUGGGACUCUUUCGUGCUCAAGCCCCUCGAAAUCCGGCAAUCCAUGAGGCAAACGCCUCCCGUGAAGAAACCGAACGUGUGUUCGAGUACCCCGAUAUCACUCGCAACCAAACCGUUGACGCUCCCAGACGCCGCGGCUCCCCUUGACAGUGCGAUCUCCCUGGGCAAUCCGCCGAACAGACUCAAACUGUGCGACAUCUAUAAUUCGACCGAGACUGACCGAGCGGAAGAGUGGCACUACGAUUUGGACGCUAUCGUUGAGACGAACGGAGAGCAGAAUGAUGAACCCGCUGAUGGUUUCGGUUUUCGAUCAUUUGAGCAAUUGGAUCCGAACGCAUUCAGAGAGGCGAUUGGAUGCGAUAAGAUGAUUCCAGAAACGAAGUCCUGUCCCUGA